CCCGCGGGCGGAGCGGGGCUGGCGGCGGGCGCGGGGCGCCGGCAGAUUAAGCAACAAUGGCAUUUGUGAAGAGCGGAUGGCUGCUCCGGCAAAGUACUAUUUUACGGCGCUGGAAGAAGAACUGGUUUGAUCUGUGGUCUGAUGGCCGCUUAAUAUUCUAUGAUGAUCAAAAUCGCCAUGAUAUAGAAGAUAAAAUCCACAUGCGAAUCCAUUGCAUCAACCUCAGAGUGGGGAAUGAAUGUCGAGAUUUCCAGCCUCCAGAGGGGAAGCAGAGAGACUGUUUACUGCAGAUUGUUUGCCGUGAUGGGAAGACAGUCAACCUCUGCGCAGAGAGUGCAGAUGACUGCCUGGCAUGGAAAAUUGCUCUCCAGGACGCCAGAACAAACACAGGCUACGUGGGAUCUGAUGUGAUGUAUGAUGAGACAGCCAUUUCCUCAGCCCCUCCUCCCUACACAGCUUAUGCCACACCAUCACCUGAGGUUUAUGGCUACGGCUACGAUCAGUACAAUGGUGCGUAUCCCCCCGUGGGCCCUCAGAUCAUCUAUGCCUCCAAUGGACAAGCCUAUGCUGUUCCCUAUCAGUAUCCAUACCAAGGACCUUAUGGCCAGCCCCCUGCAAACCACGUCAUCAUUCGAGAGCGUUACCGUGACAGCGAUGGAGAUCUUGCACUGGGCAUGCUGGCUGGAGCAGCAACUGGAAUGGCUCUGGGAUCAUUAUUUUGGGUCUUCUAGAUUACCCUUUCCUUAUCUCUGUAGUUCCAAACCCCUUUAUUGUGUGCAAUAAUAUAUUGGCAAUGUUGUUUACUGUUAAACUUUGAAAAAUGCAAUAGUUAUUUUUCAGUAGUGACAUCUUAAUAACUGAUUCUUAACUGUCUUAAUGAGAGUUUAAAGGCACCAUUUAGUUAAGUGGUUGGAGAUGGCAUGUGCUGCUCUUGAAUUCUGGUCUGAUGUUCAGAAUUAGAAGGAUCAAUAUGAGCACCAGUGUCACGUGGUAGCAGUCACCUGCUUUAUGAACAGGCUGUUAUUGUAAACACCACAGGAAAAUUUUUUUUUUUUUUUGGGGGGGGGGUCUAAGAUCUAGUUCAAAUAAGAGGUUAACAGGAGUCCUGCAUUAGUGUACACAUACUACUGGCUUUUAAACAUUCCCUGGAAAAACAUAUAGCUCAGCAGAAAUUCCUUGGCAUUAGACAGUCUGCCGUGCUUGAGGGUUUUUUUGUUGUUUUCAGACUUGCCUGCAGAUGGUAGUGUGUUUUCUUAGGUGGAGUCCUAUACCUGCCUCUCACACCAUCUAGGUGAAGUUGUCUUUGAGAAUGUAUGAGCAAACCACUAAGAAGUGGCAACACUCCUCGAUUCUUUUAUUCUCCCAGAAAUGUGAAAGACCAGUGGCAAGGAAGACCAGUGUUUGUUGUUAUAUCUCCCUCUUUAUCCUGGAAGACUCUUCUCUGGUCAGAUGGAAGGAACAGAUCUUUAGCUUUGCAGGUGUCUGCAGAACAGCAGUCCCAGACACUGCACCAGCUGCACUGUUAGGAACCAGCCAUUGUCCAGGGUCUCUGCUCGCUACUGCCACCGCUCUGCAGAGUCUGCAGGAGGAGAACUAACUUCAACAGCCCUUGCUCUGUUGGGCCUCCCAGCCCCUCUGCAGGCAGGAACAGUCAGGAGGGGAGAGACAAGCAACACAAGUAGAGCUUGCACGCAGGCACUAUGAUAUCAGCUGCCUUGCCAGGGCUAGGGUAGGAUGCCUGCCUCUUAGCCACCAAGGUUUCCUGAACCAGAUUCCUUAUUUGCAACUAAUUUUGAGUGCAGCUGACCGUGGGUUUGUUGUAUGCACGUUUCCCCCUCACAAUUCAGCAGGUCUCCUCUUCACUCCAUGACUUGUUGAGGAAAACACUCCAAGGAACCUGUCUGGCUUUGCUUGUAUGUGUGGUUCCUAUACACAGCGUGCUGUGGACUGUCCCCUGGAGUGCAGCUGUUUUAUAUGUUACAUGGCCUGUUAUGUGCUGAGCUGUGCUUGGCAGGCAAAGAAAGCUCUGAAGAAAUGCGUGGGCUUUCUUAUUCAGGUAAAUGAGGCAGGGUGCCUAAGCUGAGUUCUUAUAGUAAGAGGACUUAUUUUUAUACUUCCACUUUUAACUUCCUGUAUUCACAUACUGUUUUAAUGUUAAGUCUUACUUAUGCUUCCAUUCAGAAAAAGGUUAAUUUCCUUAUAGUUCACAGGGUUUCAUGUCAGGAAAGAUAAAAUAGAUGAGAACUUGCAUCCAUAUAAAUUUAGCUGAAGUCCCAAUCUUCUCCAUUUCAUCCUAAAACUCUGCUGGCUCUAUCCUACUUAUGUAAGCAAUAGAGGUCCUGGACAAGAGUUUGGGUAGCAGACAGGGGAAGCACAAGGCUUUCAUCACCCUUAGGACUAACUCAACCAAGUGGAAUCACGGGCAGUAAACAGACAGAUUUAAUUGUGGCUGCUUUACUAAGAGUGGGCCUGAUCCAGGGGAGGUAAACUGCUUUCAAGAGACUGGUUCAGAGCUGUACACCAAUGUGCAUGCAUGUCCUUUCACAGUUUAACACAAGCUGUGCAUGUUCUGCCAGUCAGAUGUACUGAAAGGACAUUCUGGAAGUGCCAAAGAGGACUAAAGUGAAAGUUUCCUAUUGCUAGUCCAAACCAAAAGAAAUUGCAGUACACUACUGAAGCUCUCUUAGAGACCUGGUAGCCUUGAAGUCAGAAAGGGAUGGGAAUGUAAGUGAACAAACAUGUCUACCCUUUUAAAAAGCCCUUUAAGAGAUGAAUUUGAUUACAGGUCUACGCUGCUGUUUGGUUUGUGCUUUGCAAUAGCGAGUUCUGCAGAAUCUGCCUCCGUCUCCUUUCUCUGUGAUUCUUAACUUGUAAGGAGUAGGGGAGAAUAAAACAAUUGGGCAUCAUAUGAUUUUUUGAAUUUUAUAAUGAUUGGGAAAGGAUAACAAAGUGAAUCAGCUGGGUUUUUGUUUUGGUUUGGGCUUUUUUUUUCAGAAGAACUGUUAGUCACAGCAGGGGAACACAUCUUUUGUGUUUUCAGGAGAUAACUCUGUCUAAGUCCCCAGUUUCUUCAAGUAAAGCAUAUAAAAUAAAGACUGUUGAUUGUAAAACAUUCCUGGGUUGAACUUCAAAAGAAAUUAUCUUUUUAAAAGUUAAAAUUGAAGUAAUUCUCCAUUAAGAAAAUAACCUUACCCUUCACAAUGGACAAAUUUCACAUUACCAAUUGAAGCCAAAGACUCUAGUUUUGGCUUGGAAACAAUAGGCUGCUUUUAUACAAAAAUCAUGAACUACUUUUCUAUCUCCAAAGCAUAGGCAUUUAGAAGCCAGAAAACAAAUGUACAAAACUGUGCUAGAGCAUGAAAUCAAGAGCAAAGUUAUCUCACUGCAGGUGCUUGUAGCCUUUCUGAUCUUACUGCAGAGACAGAAGUGGCAACAUCCCGGUGCACAAAGCAGCAGCAUGGGGAUUGCUACCUAAAGUCACUGGUUGCUGAAGCUCAGACUUGCUUCCUGAAGACAUGCCCCUGUCUCCUGUUGCUCAGGAACAGAGUGGAGCUUUGGUCAGAUCUACAACAAUGUCUGGCUGGAUACACAGUCGUGACUCAAUAGCCUUUCUCUGCCUAGCUCUGCACUUCAUGCUGCCAUAAGCUGAAGAGAUGGGAUUUGGGGCUUGGAGGGACUGCCAUGCCAGCUUCUGCAGACCAGUGAUACCAUAGUGAUGGAAGAGGCAGCAGGUGUGGCAAGAUAAUUUUCAAAGCAGAUUGAAAUGAUAGUUUGUUUCUGAAUGGUGCUAUUCAUAACUAUAAUUCCAGUUACAUUUGCAUAGUACCCAAGCACACACUUUCCUGCUUUGGGCCCAAUACUUAAGCCCCCUAAAGCUGUGGGAGGUUCACAGGUACCACAGUGCCACUGUUUUUGUGCAGUGUACACUGUCAGAUAAGGGUAAAUCUGUUGUACAGCAGUGACAGUCUGUUCAGAAUUCAGUGCCAGUGCUUGUGGAGGUCACGAGUCUACACGUUCAUCUGGGACUAGUUACUUUUGGGCUCUCAGUUAUGGACAACUGGACAGAGCCAGGCUUCCUGAGAGUGAGGUGGGAAUGCUCAGCCUUCUGAUAAGUCUGACCACAUUAAGGAGGUGAACCAGGGCCCCCUCCCACAUUCUUAGUUACAUGUGAAAGCAUAGCUGUUGGCUUCUUUUGCAUGAAUUUGGGGGAGAGCCAGUCUCUUCUAGUGAGUGGGUAAAGGCUUAUGGACUAGGGAGGAGAGGGUGGGAAGUGUUUCUGUACAGAACAACUGCACUGACUUCCAGCAAAGACACAUCUUUCCCAGAGCCGAAGCACAUUCCAAACAAGUCUAGAUGGAGCUACCCUGCAUGUCAUCCAACACUGGCUUACUUUGGUUUGUUCUUCAGUGAACUUCAGUAGGUGAUGGAACCAGCUACGCAAGUGCAGUAGAGGAGAAAAUUCACACUCGUGUUCCUCAGAUGUGUUUGUGCUUUUCCUCCUCAGCAUAAGACUGUGUAAGUCAUGGAGGGUAGCAUGCAGCAAGUUUCCCCUCCAGAACCUUUAUGUUCUUGCGCACUACUGUCUUUACUGCAGCUUUUACUGUAUGUCCUCAUUCUCAUUAAUUUAUAGCAAAAUAAUCAUAGCAAUAAAAUUCAUAUUAAGUGUAA